GCUGGUGGAAGGGGUGAGUUGAGGUGUCUAGGAGGUGAGACAGACACCUCAUGUUCAUAUGGUGUAUGUUCGUUUGUUAACGUUUCCGCCCAUUGCUCUGGGUGCGUGGUCUAUGGCCCUAGUCCUAUGGCAGCCACCUGAGUAUUAUUUAUUUUAUGUUCAUAUGUAUACAGCAAGCCACCUCGGUAUUAUUUAUUAUAAUUAUGUUCAUACGUAUUAUGACAGCAAGAGUUUAUAACUGUAACCCUAUUUCAGAUUCCAGAUAUUCCUGGUGUGUCUCAAGCUUGUGCUGAUCUUCUGCAAGGGUUACUAGAAAGAGAUCCUCAGAGAAGAAUAUCGUUUGACAGAUUCUUUGGGCAUUCAUUCAUUGACCUCGACCACAUGCCAUCUGCACAGUCCCUUUCCAGAGCACGCUCACUGAUUAAGCAGGCAGUUGUUAAGGACUCGGAGGGUAAACUGGGCUUAGCAGUUACUCUCUACUGUGAGGCACUGGAACACUUUCUCCCAGCACUGGAAUAUGAAGAUGACCCUUCCACAGUAGAAGCUCUGAAAGAAAAGAUAAAACAAUACAUAGAAAGAGCUGAGAUACUCAAGGCAGCUGUUAAAGAGAAGCGACCUUUCCUUAGAGAAAAACCACAUAAAUUGUUGGAUGAGAUGCAGAAAAAGUAUGUGGCAGUAAAGGCUGCUCUUAUAAAAGCACAAAAUGCAGACAAACUCGAGUCAAGAGGAGAGUAUGAUCGUGCUUUAGAGUGCUACCAGGCUGCUCUUGAGCUGCUUCUGCCUAUGAUUGAAGGUACAUCAAACAGAGAAGAAAGGCUGUUGCUAAAAUCAGAAGUCCAAUUGUUUCUGGAUAGAGCAGAAGAAUUGUCAUCAACUAAGAAUGAUACACCACAACUAAAAGACCCCCACUGCUUAUCAGCAACAGCAGAAUCAAGGUGUGAAGUCCAAUAACACAGUCAACAAUAGUUUGCAACUACUUUCUUGUUAUGUUUCCAUAUUUUUAUUUAAAAUUUCCAGCACAAUAAAGAGUUUGUGAAUAAUUAUGUUGGUGAAAAAUGUUACAUGAUGCCUAAAACUGCAUACAGUAUCAUAAAUUUCCCUGUCUGUCAAGGUGCAUUAAUCUUCGCUCCCUUAUACACUGCCUAUCAGGAUCUGUCAGUGAUAGCGAUCCAACAUCUUGUCUAUUAACCACUUCAACAGCUGGCAUAUGACCUUCUCUUAGACUGGGGAUGAAAACGGUGCUUCUUUCUUCUGCAGAAGUUCUGGAUUCUUCAACUG